UGCACAUCCCUUCCACACACAAAAAGAGAAGAUUUAUCCUUCAAUCUCACUAAACCUUACCCAAUAUCCUCCUCAUUCAAUCUAUGUCUUGAUCCAAGUUUUCUUCAAUUUUGUUCAUUCUUGAAAGAAAUGGGACAAGCAGGGAGCAGUACUGAGAAUUUCCAGAAACUCCAACAGCAGCAAAAGCAGUUGAUUCCGGGCCUGCCUGAUGAGAUAGCCAUGGAUUGUUUGGUUAGAGUUCCUUCCAAAUUCCACUCCAACAUGAAAUUAGUGUGCCAGAGUUGGCGAAGCUUGAUCAUGCAUGCUUCUUUCUACCGAGAAAGACGCAGAUCCGGCACCGCCGAGCAUAUGGUGUGCCUUAUUCAACCUCUUCCGACUCCCUCGCCGCCACUGCAAACAGAGUCCUCUGGCUCUGAUAAUGAAAAGAGCUCCGAAAAGGAAGAGGGGGUUGAUGAAAAGAGCUCCAGCCGGCCGCCUCUAGUUCAACAUGGGCUGAGCAUCUACAACGCCACCCACCGGACAUGGCACCGGAUGAUGAGGCCUUGCGGCGCCAGCGGACAGGUGAGAAUCCCCAUGUUCUGCCAGUGCGUGGCGCUCCCUGCAUCUGGUAAAAUCCUGCUCUUAGGAGGGUGGGACCCCAACACGUUAGAACCGGUGCCGGAUGUGUAUGUCCUGGAUUUGAUCAGUGCCGGUGGUGCCCCGUGGAGACGUGCAGCGCCCAUGUCGGUGGCGCGUUCUUUCUUCGCAUGUGGGGUUGUAGGACAAUCGACGGUUUAUGUGGCUGGGGGGCAUGACAAUCAGAAGAAUGCGUUGCAAUCAGCAGAGGUGUAUGACGCAAAUGCCGACGAGUGGAGAAGGCUGCCAGCCAUGGCAGAGGAGCGGGACGAGUGCCAGGGUCUUUCCUGGGAAGGGGAUUCCAGGUUCUGGGUAAUCAGUGGGUACAACACCGAAAGCCAAGGAAUAUUCCGGUCGGACGGCGAGUGCUAUGACCCCACAACAGGAUCUUGGUCCAAAAUCGAAGAGGUUUGGCCAUAUCGGAGUGUUAGUCCUAGAGGCCUCACCACCGCCGUCACGAGCAACAGCGGCUGCCAGUGGUGGUGGUUCUUGGGAAGUCGUCAACAACAGGAGCAAGAGAAUGGGGGAGGAAAGGAAUUAUCCCACAACAGCAGCAACAUCAUGUGGAAGGUGGUGAAUUCGGCUCAGCUUCCCAGUGGCAUAAGUGGAGGAACAUCAGUCUCUGUCACCGCUCUCGGACUCGCUAAAGAUGGGCAGCUGCAGCGGAUAUUCGUGAUGAGCAGCAAUGGUGGAGGCAGAGGAACUGGAACAACAGGCGGUGAAUGUGAAGGGGAAGGGGCAUACAUCUUGGAGAGGGAGAUCAGCAACAACAGCAAUGGCGGUAGCGCCGCCAAGUGGAAUAAUGUCCACACUCCGGCAGGAUUUUCUGGCUUCCCAUAUUCGGCUUCGUGCCUCGUUAUCUGAAACGACGAUCCGUUUAACAGCUUCAUGCCUCUCUUUUUUUGGUUGAGCAGUAGCAUAAUGUUCUCUGUGCUUCUUCUGUUGACUUUGAGUUUAGUUUCACUGUUUCAGUGUGUCACAUGACACAUGGGCCAUGGCUUUGAUGUAUCAGUAUAAUGCUCUGGUUUGAGUUUCUAGAGCCUAUUAUGCAGACUAUUAGGUGCAUUGUCAA